UCUCGAGUAGCACAAUGCCUCCAAUUACCAGCCCCGUCACAGCCCAAGAGCUGGAGAUCCUCUCCGUCAAGGCCAUCGAGGCCAAGAGUCAGGCUUACUGCCCGUACUCCAAGUUCCGCGUAGGCGCAUGCAUCCUCACUGAAUCUGGCGAGUUCGUAGUCGGUGCGAAUGUUGAAAAUGCCGCGUACCCCGUUGGAACAUGCGCGGAGCGUGUCGCGUUCGGUACUGCUGUUGUGGCGGGACACAAGAAGUUCAAGGCACUUGCUGUCGCGACUGAUAUCAAGCCUGCUGCGUCACCUUGUGGAAUGUGUCGGCAGUUCAUUCGCGAGUUCACUUCCCCUUCAUUCCCGGUCUACAUGUAUGACGGCGAGGGUGGGUACAAGGUCAUGACGAUGGACGAGCUGUUGCCGGACUCAUUCGGCCCGGACCACCUGCCCAAAUAAACGAAGAACGA